GACGUGACCCCGGCCUGUCUCGACCUUUUGUUGCGUUAGCGGCUGCGAAUGAACCCCACUUGCGCAGGACAGUUGUUUACCGGCGUAUCAUGGAUAACGGACGUGCCGCCACUUUGGCCACCACAAUAAUUGUGACCAUACUGGCCGUGUUCGCCAUUUCCGCGGCCAGCGUCAAGCGCAGCGACCCGCAAUGCCCGGACGACGGGUGCACCGCGGUUCAGUGUCCCCGCGGACAAGAGGCCUGUCUACUGGGCCUGGUACCGGAUGGUUGCGAAUGUUGCCCGUACGGCGUGUGCGGUUUGGGAGAGGGCCUAGAAUGUGGUACCAGCAAACCUUGUGCCAACAACUUGGAAUGUACAAAAAUGGAAGAUUCCAAGACUGUUUACCAGUGCGUUUGCAAAGAAAACGAAAUGGUAUGUGGGUCGGACAACACUACAUACACUAAUGUUUGUCAACUGAACGAAGCGUCCGCCAAGCAGGGCUAUAACGGCUCGCUGUGGAUGCAGUACUGGGGACCAUGCCAUAAGGCUCCAACUUUCAAAUCGAUUCCAAAAAACGUGGCCGGCACUAUAGGUCAACCGGUAGUGUUCGAUUGUGAAAUCAAAGGGUUUCCCGUGCCCAGCGUCAGCUGGCAAUUCAGAGAUACGAGUGGAGCUACCAGAUCAUUGCCAGGAGACGAUACUGCAAUAGCGAUACAAACUAGAGGCGGACCUGAUCGGCUUACCGUGACGUCUUGGGUACAAAUUAUGUACUUUAAACCGAAUCAUGCGGGCAAUUACUCGUGUACAGGCAUCAGCUCGGAAGGCAUUGCCAUGAGCUCUGCCACGCUGGAUAUCAUGAAGAUGGUUUAACGCCGCUAAUAUAAUUUAUAUAUUAUUAGUUUAUAAUAUUUGUAAAAUUUGUAUUGUCACAUUCGCUACCUAUAUUUCUUAUACCUCUUCAAGGCUAUUUAAGUACAUACAAAGACUGACAGCGACCAGUGAUUACCUCGAUUUCCUUGCUAACUUUAUAACCUCAUCGUUUCAAAAAUUAUAGGUAGGAUAAAUGAAGAAACCAAAGGAUAUAAUAAUACAUGCACAAAAGUAAUAAUUCAAUUCUUAUUGAAAAUAUUUCUUUAUUUACUUCAAAACUAUACAUUUCUGUACACUCAAUCAAGUACAAGUUAAAUAAACAAUAUUUAGGUUCAUACAUUGUCAUUGUCACAAUUUGUAAGUAUAUAAACCUAUUUUUAACCAUACAUAAACUAACAUAAAUUUAUACAGUUAACAUAUUGACUUAUGAUAGUCGACCGAUAAAUGCGAGUCACCUAAAAUAGUACAAUUAAAAAUAAAAUUGUUAUAUUUUCCUAUAUAUCGCACUUUAUUCCGUUAUGUUUUACUGUGUAAACUGAAACAUGUAACUAUUAAAAAAACAUACUAAUAGCAAAACUAAAGAUUACUUUAAAGAGUAUCUUACAAGUGUAUAAUUAUUAAGAACAGAAACAAUAUUUUUCGCAACUUAAUAAUGUUGUUGGUAUAUAAUAAGAAAAAAGAUAAUACAAAAAUAUAAUCUUCUGUAUUUUGAUUUAUUUUUUAUUAAUUAUUUUGCGUUACACAAAACAAAUAUGAAACACGUUAUUACUACAUAAACAAAAGCCAUUUUUAAUAGUGACAUUUGUACUAAGUACUAUACCUCGCUGUUUUUCUUUUCUUCUUCCUCGGCUUCUUUCAAAG